AUGGCCUUUCACUCUGUGCUCUUUGUUUUCUUAGCUGGACUGGUAUUUUUCUCUGAAGCUGCACCAUUGGUCUCCCAUGGCUCUGUCGAUUCCAAAUGCCCUCUCAUGGUGAAAGUGCUGGAUGCAGUCAGAGGAAGUCCUGCAGCCAACGUAGCUGUUAAAGUCUUUAAAAAGGCUGCAGAUGGAAGCUGGCAGGACUUUGCUACUGGGAAAACCACAGAGUACGGGGAGAUCCAUGAGCUCACAAAAGAAGAACAUUUUGGAGAAGGAGUAUACAGGGUCAAGUUUGACACCAGCUCCUACUGGAAGGGACUUGGCCUUUCCCCAUUCCAUGAAUAUGCUGAUGUGGUGUUCACUGCUAAUGAUUCUGGCCACCGCCACUAUACCAUUGCUGCUCUCCUCAGUCCUUACUCUUAUUCAACCACUGCUGUUGUCAGUGUUCCCCAGGAAUAA